AUGCAAGAUGUUGGUAAUAACAAUGAGAUAUUCGUAACUUUGGUUCUAACUGAAUCAACCACAAGUUUGUUAAAUCUCAGUUUACAACAUUUGGAACAUUUUCAUCCUGAAAAUUCACGUAUAUGUCUGAUCACUCCCAGUGAGUACAGUUAUCUCAAAGAAAAAUACAGCAAUGAAGAUAAACAGUAUCUAGCGAACCCUGGAUGUAGUAAUGAUCGAGAAGGUCGACAAAUCGAGGAAAUUUAUCUGAAAAUUUCUUCAGAUGUAGCACUGUUCUCUACAAACAUUUGCUCUUCAUCUUCCUUUAUGUAUGACAUAUCUGAUGAAGAUUUAGUAGCUGACGAAGAGAGUACUCUACUGAAUGUGAUUAAUAUAUUUGAGGCUAGAAAGAUUCACACACUUCCAUUGCUUUCUGCAAGGAGUAUGGCUCACGCUAAUAAAUUGAACGUGCAUUCACAUGAUAUCUACGUUUCACUACUUGAUUCAAAUUCGAGCACGACAUCCCGAUGCCACAUAUGUCGGAUUUGCCAUGGUGGUGAUAGUAUGGAUGAUCUUUUGACAACUUGUCGAUGUAGAGGUUCAAUAGCGCUAGUUCACCUCAAAUGUCUGGAAAGAUGGUUGAGAGAAUCCAAUCAUAGUAGCUGUGAAUUAUGCCAGCAUCAUUAUAAAAUCGUUAGAGAACCAAAAUAUGGCAUUCCUUGGUCCGUUGUAAUGUAUCUCAAACAGCCAGGACCACAUUUGAAAGAUAUCUUACUUGAUCUAUUGGCCUUUUCUAUAUACACCCCUUCUGCCAUAGCGUCAACUUAUAUGUUGAUGGUGAUAUGCGAAUCCUUGGUUAAGAAUAAUUAUAUCAAAACGGGCACACUUGCCUCCCAUAUCGUGGCGUUUUCAGCUGUUUUUGGUAUGGCUGCCAUCGAUUUCACGUAUACUUCUUGGUUAGUGGUGACUAUGCAAAGGCAUAUUGAUGCUUGGAGAGAAUGGUACAGUACUACCUGCACGCUUAAACUAAAUCUUCCACAAAUAAAACUAAGACCUCAGAGGUUCAAGAAGAAAAGAAGCACUAAAUAA